AUGAACGUCCUCCUUGGCAAGCUGCGGUACAUAGAGGAGGAAUGCUCUGUAGAGUUGCGACGAAAGCAGGCCAAGCGGGCGCAGGCGACCCCGUUCCGGAGCAAGAAGAAGACCAUUGCCAACGAGCUGAGAGCCAUUCGCGAGUCGCUCAAAGAGCGGGACCAGCUGCUGGGCUCUGCCGUUGCUGCUGCCCCGAGCACCAUUGAGCUUGGUUCUCGUAUUCGAAGGGAUCUGGUCAAGGUCGAGGCUGAGGUCAAUGAGCUAGAGGAGCUGUUCAAGGCCGAGAAGAAGAAGGCUGGCAAGUCUCCCAGCGAAGACAAGCGCGAAGAGCUGGCCCUUCGUGGCGAUCAGCUCAAGGUGGUCAAGGAGCACCUGCGCGAGUGCAAGCGGCUAGAGAAGCGGAGGUAUACCUCAAAGGUCGACCGCGACAACAGGUCCCGCCUGAUGGCGGGGGCUGCUGCCGCGGGUGUCGGCGUUGCAGGCUCGCGCUCGGGCCGCAACGGCGCGGCAGAGCUUCCGGACGACCCGACCAUGUCGCAGCUGGCGCCCAUCGAUGAUGAAGAAGUCGAGGCGGCGUUGAUGCGGAUUGAGGCCCGCAACGAGGACAUCGACCAGGAGCUCGACGCCAUUGCCGACGGCGUUGCCACCCUCCGCGACAUUGCCGUUGAGAUGGGUGGCGAGCUGGACCGCCAGAACAUCAUGCUCGACGAGACAAACCGUCGUGCUGCCGAGGUCACAGAGCACAUCCGCAACUCGAACAAGCGCCUGUCCAAGAUCCUCAAGAAGGUCGGCAAGGACAAGAUGUGCAUGUAUCUUAUUCUCCUCAUGGUCUUCCUCGUCAUGCUCCUCGUU